UUGUUUUCCCACGUAUUUCCUCAUCCCAGCCUGCUGAGCCUGGCAGUCCCUGCGGUCUCUUGAGAACUGAUGCCAUCCUGACGCCCCUGGCGGGGAGCUGGGGCGAAGGGACCCCUGGGCUGGUGUUCAAAGGCCUUUCGAUGUCCCCGCUCCCCAUUUGUUUGUGUUAAUUCCCCAUGCCCGGGCGGUCUCCUGCCACGGAGGCCUUUGUUCAAAGCUUCCGUGGCGGCUGUGAUUAAGCUGUUCAGAGCUUACCUUGCUCCCAGUUGUCUCUUGUGAGGCACAUGAGGGAUUUAAAGGUGCAGCAUCAUGGUUAUGAAAGCUUCAGUAGAAGAUGAUGAUUCAGGCUGGGAACUCGGUAUGCCUGACAAGAUGGAAAAGAGUAAUACAAGCUGGAUAGAUAUAACCCAGGAUUUUGAAGAAGCUUGUAGAGAACUGAAGUUAGGAGAACUGCUUCAUGACAAGCUUUUUGGUCUCUUUGAAGCCAUGUCUGCCAUUGAAAUGAUGGAUCCCAAGAUGGAUGCUGGUAUGAUUGGAAACCAAGUUAACAGAAAGGUUCUUAACUUUGAGCAAGCUAUUAAGGAUGGCACCAUUAAAAUAAAGGAUCUCACUUCACCUGAGCUGGUAGGAAUAAUGGAUACGUGUUUUUGUUGUUUGAUAACGUGGUUAGAAGGACAUUCCUUGGCACAGACAGUAUUCACUUGCCUUUAUAUUCAUAAUCCAGACUUCAUAGAAGAUCCUGCUAUGAAGGCUUUUGCUCUUGGGAUCCUAAAAAUCUGUGAUAUUGCCAGAGAAAAGGUUAACAAAGCAGCUGUUUUUGAGGAGGAAGAUUUUCAGUCGAUGACUUACGGAUUUAAAAUGGCCAACAGUGUGACAGAUCUUAGAGUUACAGGUAUGCUGAAAGAUGUAGAAGAGGACAUGCAAAGACGAGUGAAGAGCACUCGAAGUCGACAAGGAGAAGAGAGAGAUCCAGAAGUUGAACUUGAACAUCAACAAUGUUUAGCUGUGUUCAGCAGAGUCAAGUUUACCCGGGUACUGCUGACUGUUCUAAUAGCAUUUACAAAAAAAGAGAUGAGUGCAGUUGUGGAAGCUCAGAAACUAAUGACUCAGGCAGCUGACUUGCUUUCUGCUAUCCACAAUUCAUUGCAUCAUGGUAUGCAGGCACAGAACGAUACCACUAAAGGAGAUCAUCCUAUUAUGAUGGGCUUUGAGCCCCUGGUUAAUCAGAGAUUGCUGCCACCAACUUUCCCUCGAUAUGCAAAAAUAAUUAAAAGGGAAGAAAUGGUCAGUUAUUUUUCCAAACUAAUAGACCGAAUAAAAACUGUAUGUGAAGUAGUCAACUUAACUAAUUUGCACUGUAUACUGGACUUCUUCUGUGAGUUUAGUGAGCAAUCACCAUGUGUUCUUUCAAGAUCCCUGUUACAGACAACCUUCCUGGUAGAUAAUAAGAAGGUGUUUGGCACUCACCUCAUGCAAGACAUGGUGAAAGAUGCUUUAAGGUCUUUUGUCAGUCCUCCAGUCCUUUCUCCAAAAUGUUGUCUUUAUAAUAAUCACCAGGCGAAGGACUACAUUGAUUCCUUUGUGACACAUUGUGUUCGGCCAUUCUGUAGUUUGAUUCAAAUCCAUGGACACAAUAGAGCUCGUCAGAGAGAUAAACUGGGUCACAUUCUUGAGGAAUUUGCCACCCUACAGGAUGAGGCAGAGAAAGUAGAUGCAGCGCUUCAUAGUAUGUUACUGAAGCAGGAACCACAAAGACAACAUUUGGCUUGCUUGGGCACCUGGGUCCUAUAUCAUAACCUUCGUAUUAUGAUACAGUAUCUUCUCAGUGGCUUUGAGUUGGAACUUUACAGUAUGCAUGAAUAUUACUACAUAUAUUGGUACCUGUCAGAGUUCCUCUAUGCCUGGUUGAUGUCAACACUGAGCCGCGCUGACAGUGCUCAAAUGACAGAGGAAAGAAUAAUGGAGGAGCAACAGAAAGGACGUAGUAGUAAGAAAACAAAGAAAAAGAAGAAAGUUCGUCCUCUCAGCAGGGAGAUCACCAUGAGUCAGGCAUACCAAAAUAUGUGCGCUGGGAUGUACAAGACAAUGAUCGCAUUUGAUAUGGAUGGCAAAGUAAGAAAACCUAAGUUUGAACUGGAUAGUGAACAAGUUCGAUAUGAGCACAGGUUUGCUCCAUUCAACAGUGUUAUAACGCCACCCCCAGUGCACUACCUGCAAUUUAAAGAAAUGUCUGAUUUAAAUAAGUAUAGCCCACCUCCCCAGUCAUCAGAUCUCUACAUGGCAGCUAGCAAACACUACCAGCAAGCUAAAAUGAUUCUUGAGAAUAUUCCGAAUCCAGACAAUGAGGUCAGUCGAAUUCUAAAAGUUGCAAAACCCAAUAUUGUGGUCAUGAAGCUGCUGGCAGGGGGCCACAAGAAAGACUCUAAGGUUCCUCCAGAAUUUGAUUUCUCUCCUCAUAAAUACUUCCCAGUUGUGAAGCUUGUUUGAAGGACAAGAAAUUAUUGUUAGGAUACCUGAAGAUACCUGUGUAGCAGAUACCAGCUGUAAGAGGGAAUAUCUAGGCUUACACUCAGACUGCAAGGGACCUCCAGGAUACAAGUACUGUUACGUGGAAUAUGUGUAGUCUGCUGCCUUCAUCUGAUCUGACAACUGCUGUUUGAAAGUGGUUUGUAUAAAGUUUAAUGCAUUUUAUGUGUGAAGCUGAUUUUAAUCAACUGUAUUGUUGAAGAAUGCCAUACCUUAAUUGAUUUUAUUACAGAGUUAAUCAUAAUUUUUAUUAAUGUGAUCUGAGAGAAAAUGGUGGCUUAGGGACUGAAUAAAAAUCGUGCAAAAUUCUCCAUUCAGCAAAGUCACUUAGAGAGAUUGUGAGUUUCCAUAUUUUUGUUUAAAUUGUAUCAAAAUUGCUCACUUUGCAAGUAGAGAGAAUGGUUUUAUACUAAAACAAUCUUUACAGAAAUCAAGGGCAGAUGAAAACUAGGCAUUUAGCUCCUACUGCACUGAAUUCAGUGAUUUUUGUUUUGUUUUGUUUUACCAAAGUCAGUUUUCUCAGAGGUGUUUUGUCUGAAAUGUAGAAGAAGCCUUUGAAGACAGUGAGAAACGGAGUGAUUCCUAGUUGGAGUUUGUUCCUUUGUCUAUAUUCUCACGGUACUGGAGAAUCUGCCCAGCAAACACUGCCAUAGUCACUAGCAGUAGCACCAGACAUUGAGGGGUAUUUUUACUCUGCAACUUUGUUUUAAUCAUGCUACUUGCCUUGGAAAGGAGGGAUUGCUGCUUUGUUACAUCCCUCAGUUCUUAAAUUACCUUUUUUCCCCACUUUGACUCAAGUGGGGCUGCUAGAUCCUACUGUGUUCUGUAGUGAUAGACAGAGAUAGAUAUCCAAAACAGGAGAGGCCCCAAACCUCCCCUUUCCUUCCUAGAAUAGUUCUGCCUCCUGUGCUUUCAGAAAUAACAGAGGUAAGCUGUUGUGCUGAGCAACCUCCUACUACAAGAGGGGAAAAAAUGUUCAAAAAGGUGACUUGUUCUUUGAUAAACCCCCUACUAAAGGCCAAACCAUACUUAGGCUAUAUAAGCAAAUCCUUUGUUGGACAGGACAAUUCUUAUUUUGGUGUAAAAUUACUUCCUCUGUAGGGCUGAGCUUUUAAUUCCUUCUUGACCAUGCAAGACCCUUUUCUGUGUUUGCUCUAUCACCUAAUUUUACUGUAGAGUAAUAUCACUGCAGCUGCAUAUCCUGAGCAGCAGCACUGCUGAGGCAGAGCUUGAAAAGAAUGAGGAACCUCUGAAGUGGAACACCCACUUCUCUGCCAGCAAUUUGCAGCUUCUUGAAAUAAGCAGUACUGCCCUGAAGACAUGAUUUUCCCAAUUUCUCUGCUAAGGAGACUGCAUAUCACAUUACUUGUUUGCUUAUCAUCAUGGUUAAUAUACCUGAAUGCUUCUGUGUAGCUGACAAAGGAAUACAAAGCCUAAAAUAUGUAGAUGUAAAAUAGCACUGAGAAUUCAUCUGGCCAUCACAAAAAUUUUUCUUGUCGUUAAAAUCUUGAACUACAUGACAGUAGCUCAAGGACAGCUUUUGAUAUUUCUCCAAAGCAAGCAGCCAGUAAAGGAGAACUACAUCACGUAUGGAACUAAGAAAAGAGUAACAAUCAUCUUUCCCAUUUUCACUAAAAUUAGAAGUGGAUGAACUGAACAGAAUAAGGCAAAUACUCACUAGACAAGAUUAUUUUGAUUUUAAAAUGCGUACUUAAAAGGGCUCAGGCUUAGUUAAGAAAAAAAAAAUCAAGGAUGUGUUAAUUUAAUGCCAAGAUGAUCACAGAAAAGAAGUAAUAUCACCCUAGUUAUAUUCCUGUAGCACUUGAAACCAUUGCAAAUAAAAUUGUAGUCCUUCAUGCUUCUGAACAUUGCUUUUAUGCAGGUGUUCAGAGGUUUACAAGUGUGCCUUGUACAAGGAUGGUCUUGUUUAUGGAGGACAGUGUCCAGGUGGCUCAGAGAAACCCAAAGAUGUACAGAAAUACAGCCAAAACAGUUUUAAAAAAGAACUCUCUGGCAAUAUACUAAUUAUUGGGAUUCUUAACUUGAUAAUGGUAAAGCUGUUAAUUCAACUUGAAUACAGCAUUUCACUGUGUAUUUUAUACUCGUAGAACAUAUGCUCUUUAGCAAUCAAUAUUAAAUUCCUGAUCAACUUAAUCUGAGAGGCAUAACUGUUUACAGAUAAAGUCCUAUGAAAAUGCUGAGAAGAUGGGUAAAUAAUUUUACCAUCCAGAAUAUGGGUAAACAUUUUGAUGUUAAAACAUGCCAUUAUUUGCAAAAAAAAAAAAAAAAAAAGCCAAUAAUCCAAGUUUCCCAAUACCAGAACAGAUGUUCAUACCUCUUCUCUUCUGCUUACAAGCAUUUGCUUUUCCCUGCUGUGUUGACUGUAGUGGCCUAGACCUGUCUGACUUAGAUGGUGAAAAACUAUUAGUAAAAGUGUUUCUGUGUUUGGGGUUAAUAGGCAGCAUUUGACUUAAGCUCUGACCUUCACUUGAUGAGAACUAACACUUUUUUCAUACACUAAAAAGCCAACCUUCCACUUGCAUAUUUAGGUAUCUUAAGGUUCAGGAGUUGUAAAGUAGUACACUGAGGAGUGACACAUCACAAAAGGAGUUAGUUACAAAAUUAAAGGGAAAGUAAAGACAAAUUUAUAUUUUCUUAAAAUGGAAUUGCUCGUUGGCAAGUUAGGCACAGCUGUCUGCUGUCUAAACAGAGGUUGGUUCAUACUCACAAAGAUUGCUCUAAACACAGAUAUCAGUCUUGGGAACAGACACAAAUACAAAAUUCUGCAAAACAGCUGGCUACAGACAUGAAGGUUGGACUGCAAUAAAGGGUGCCCUAGUGGUAAGUAGAGGAUAUUUCUAGGUUACUGCAAGUAAACUAGUUUCUAGUUUGCACUGAACAAGUUACAGAAAAGACAAGACUACAGAAAAUUAACAAGAUGAUAGAUUGUGAUAAACACAGGACUGUACGACUACCGCUUCACCUGUAGGAGUCACUGCCAUAUCUUCUAAAUGCUUAGUCUGGUUUACCUCCUUCAAAAGUCCAGCAGAGAGGAAUAUUCACAUUGAACAGCUGAGAUGAUUGCUGUUCUACAAAGCAAGUGUUUGCCUUCCUACAUUUUAGCGGAAGAUAGUGGUCGGGUGGACUAAAGGGUAGCACACCAUUUCAGAGGGCUUCUGUCACAAAAAGUUUGUGAGUUUGAAUUUUUAUGCUAAACUUAUGCAGGUUAGUGGUAACUGAAUCAUACUGUAUUACUGAACUUGUGAACAAGAGUCCAACAAAGCUUUCAGAAAAAUCUUCCUGCCUAAUCUCUUAAAAAGAAGGCACUAUUAUCAGAAUUGUUUUGAUUAUUUUUUUUUUAACCUUGAAGCUAAGAACUCACCUAGACAGUGUAAACUAGAAACUUAUUUCAGAAGGCCCAGGUGAAAUAUAUCAUUCUGUUUUCUGAGUAUAUUUAUGUUGCAGUAAAAAAGUGCCAGAAUAGGCACAAGGGUAGAUUGCAGCAUGGACUGUUUUUCAUCCUUCCCAUGUUCAGUGGCUUAGCUCCUCUUGAGUUCUUAAAACUAGGCUGGGUAUUUCUCUGUUGUGCAUUGCUCAGGGGAGAGAUCCAUCCUUGGCAGAGGACUGUUGCUCAUGUACCAACAAUCCACAUAUACCAUUACUGUAGUAUGACUAUAGCCAACUUCAAAGUUACUACAUUUAUUGCUUGCUGAUUUCAGUUUUAUAAUCAGUAGGAAGGAGAGAGUCAGUGCAGACGUCAACUGCUUUAACAAGCCUCCAGAAAUUUCAGAUUGCUUUUUCCCCACUGAAACAGUACCAAAACUUCACAGGAAGAUACUACUUCAUUUGGGCCGUUAUUCAAGCCUCGAGAAGGUAAUCAAAACAUUCUCAGAUCACUUUGCUCUCAUCAUUGCUGCAUACAGAUGAAGAGGUGACUAAGUUGCAUCAUGAACCUCCUUUGUUCACAACUGUCCUCCUUCACCGUGGUCAGUUAAGUGGUUCUUCAUAUCUUCAGGGUUUUGAACUAAUGAGGAUAAAAAAGGUAAAGAAAUCUCUUAAACAGGCAGAAGUGAUAGUUUUUCAUAAAAAAAGUUCUUCUAUGUAGAAAAACUACAGGAGAAAUUUUGUAAAGACUAUUAAAUACUGUAUAGUAAAGUUACAGAUACCACACCCUCAUGCCCCCCAUUAAAGAGUAGCUUCAGUGACGCUAUACAGAAAAUAAAUCACACUAUCAACAUGAGGGAAAGCUCAAAGAGAAAACAGAAAUUAGCUCGGUAUAUCUUACUACAGAAUACCAUGCAAAAUACCAUCUUAAAAUUUUCAGCACAUGGUAUUUGGCUUUAAAUGUUUUUUUUUUCCUUUUUUACCAUUUUCAAUCCCUGCAAGUGCUGCUUGCUUGUCUGUUUCUGAUUCAGCUUCAUUCUCAUCUAAAUUGUAAUCAGCAUCCUUGUCCUGGUUCAUUGCUUCAUGUUCCUGUUUUUCUGAAAAGAUUUAAAAUUAAGUAGGUUUAUGCUAUACCAUAGGGUCAUUGCACAGAGAAACAGUGACUGUAAUCAUCUUCCAUAUAAUUUACUUUGCUGCUGAAUGAAUUGCUGUUCAGAGUAGGUUUUCAUAUUAUUUUUCAUUUUGAAUGUUAAAUUUCAGAGCAACUUUUGCUGUUAAUCUUGUCUAAAGAACCAGAUAAAAGCCAGAAUCUUUUGGGAUUUGGAAAGCGCGAUAAAAUUCAGCCAACACUCAGAUGGACAGAAAGAAAAAGCAUUGAACAAUUUCAGAAUACAUUAAGGGACAUCCUAAGGAAGAGCAAAAGCUGAAGCCAAUGCUGAAAACUUGACUGUGAUAUUGCUUUUAAAUGUAUUGCCACUACCACCAAAACGUCUCAGCUUCUGCCCUUCUUGUUUUAGUUUGUCCCGCAAGGGAAAAGCUGUGAAUAUAGCAUAAAAAAGAGUAGUUUGAUGUGCUAACCUGACACAAAAGUACUUUCCUAGAAGAGAUUUUCUUCACUCAGUCAUUAACUCAUCUCAAGCAACUUUUAUUGACUAUCUUAAGAUUUCUUUAGAUAGAGAGCUCAAAAGUAAAUGGAAACAUUAUUUCUGACUGCCAAAUUACUGUCCUUAUUUUUCAAAUAAUCAGCCAGAAAAAAACAUAACAGCAGAGAGGUAUAAGCAUAUCCCACAAGAGGUAUAAACAUACUCCACUCAAGAUAGAUUAGAGCUUCUGGUUCAAAAUAUUCUUAAAGCCAAGCCCUCCAGUUAGUAAGUGGCUUAGAAACAGGCUUGAAAAUUUAAGCUUUAAGCCUUAUGUUGUCCAUAUUCAGACCACCACAUCAAAUAGAUUUUUAUAGUUACAGACCUAAAGCUGUCUAACUUUCAGAAGCAGCUCUUCCUGAAAGACAGAGAAUGCACAGAGAAUACUGAAGAAGUAUUUCUACCUUAGUGCUCCUUUGGCUACAAGGAACCUGUGCAGUAAUUAUGGUAUUUUUGUUGAACAAUCAGCCUGAAGAACAUACCGCUAGUCUUUUUUGCUCACAGAAAUGCAGACUUUUCACAGGCUGCAUGGCAGAGCUUUUCUUUGCUCUAAUUGUUGGAUGAUUUUUUUAACCUAAUCUUUUUGCUAUUUAUUUCUGUUAAAAUGGCAGCAUUUUAGGUAACUUUUAAUUACAUCUCUUUGGGGUGCAGCCUGCUCUGGCCAGCAUCUUUUUGGAGCAGUUGGAAAAAUACUAGUUUAUCAAUGCUGUUAGUUUUUUGGGGAUUAUUUAUCCCCUCCAAGUUAGCAACAAUGUUAACACUCAGACAACUCUUAACUCAUGAUUCUGAGAAUGUCUUUACUAGAAAACCAUACACAGCAUUUUUUGUGGGCAUCAAUUCCUGCUCUGACUGCCAUAAGGUUUUGUCUUUUGAUUACUCUGGGCUAAUGAGUCCACCUGAGACCAAAUCCCUCUAGAAAUAGACAGAGGGAUGUCUAGAUACUGGUCAGGUUUAGAUACAUCAAUACUCUGCUGCUCCAUGCCAUGGAGAUGUGAUUCAAGGCCACAUGGUAGAUGCCAGAAACCGGCACCUGUACAACAUCUGAUCCAUGUUUUUGCAGACUCACAGUAAUAAACUUCAGAUAUCUGAAGUCGUAAGAGUUUUAGUCGUAUCUUAUUUUUAAAUACUGAUAGCUAGUCUUUUUACAGUGUCAAUGGUAAUGCUAACUGCAAAACAUCCAUGCAUAAGUAACUCUCUACUCAUCCAUCAGUGCUUUGAAGGGUUAACAUCUCAUCCUUUUCAAAUGCAUCCUAUUCUUAAAAAGCCCCAGUACCAAAACAUUUUGGGGCUAAUUUCCCCAAAUGCCUUGUACAGCCUAAUGGAGAGAAAGCCAGUAAGGCUGCUGUGGAACCCAGCCUGGUAGCUCCAUGUUGCACAAACAGAAGCCUCCGUCUUUACCCAUGGACUGCAGAAGACUGCUGGUGACUGACACCUUUCCCAUAUCACACCAACCUUUGUGAAAACUUGUACUCAAAUCUGGACAGCUGCCACUGCUCUUGCAGAAAUCAUGCCCUAUUCCACAGUUUCAUUUCUUUACCUUUCUUAACAAUACCGUUCUUAACAUGCUACGAACCAGCCUUUCCCAGGGACAAGUCGUCCUGCUUAGCAUCGUAGUUUAGGAGCUGUUCCCUCUCAACUUCCUCACUGGCAGCCUGCUCUGGUGCUGGCUGUAACACAUCUUGCCCAGCUAUGUGUUUUUCAUUUCCAGAUGGAUUUGGCUCCUUCUCUGAUUCAGGUAGCAUCUCCUUGUGACCUGCAGCAGCCUUGAGGGGAUCUUGUGGUUUUUUCAACUGACUAAAAAGCUGCUCCUCUUCUGCCUUAGGCUCCUGUUUUCUGAUGUCAGCUGGGCCAUCUAUUCUUUCUGAAAACAAUAAAAAUUAUUCUGAGUGAAAAAAAUAAUGCCUUUCAGUCAUGGCACAAGUUAAAAACCUUUAAUAAAUAAUGCUUUAUAUUUCUCAUUCGAUUCUUGUUUUUCCUCUGAAAUAAUAUCUUUCAACCGCCUCAGUUCCAAAGAUAAAAAGAAGAUAAUUCAUGUUUUUCCUACUGGGAACAGCUAAAGGAGGAGACUUUGUUUACCAUCAUCAGAUUCAUGCUUCUACAUCCUGUAAAAUUUUGGGGUGUGUGGUUAAUAACUCGGGCAAGUGAAAUAAAGCAGUUUAAAUAAAAAUUGCGGUGUGCUAUAUAAACAUCAGGUUUCUGUGUAUUACAUUUUGUUACAAACAAUAAAAUUGAUUCUGUAUUUAAAAGUAGCUCAGGACAAAGCAGUCACAUAGGCAGCUUUGCAGGUAAACCACGGCUGUUCUUAUUUUUAAAUAUGAAGAGGAAGUACAGGAGUGCUAUCAUUUUUGGCAGACAUUAACUUAUCUUUUUUCCCAUGUAUCUGCAUUUGUAACUAAAAAAGAUAAAAUUUGCCCAAAUAAACUAUACGUAGAUGUUGUCUUCAAUUGCUAGCUCUCUAAAAUGAGAGUUGCAUGUGGACAAGAUUGUAAUUUAAGAUAGCAUAUAAGAAUAACUAAAUAGGGAAUCGAAAUUCUAUCACACUACUGUGCAAGAUGGACACACAAGGUCCACUCAAAUUAACAGUUUCUGAAAUUUAGUACCAAAAGCAAUCACUAAACCAUUAGGUUAACUAACCAGAUCGCCUCUGUAUUAUUGUCCUUACUUGCAUUUUGCUCAGUGACAAGUGGGAAGCAUGUAUGUGUGUUUGUUUUAAGCCUAACUUUCAGCUAUUCCUUAGGGAGGAGUAGCAGGCUGGAUGUGUCAAACUUUCUGAGCAGGCAGAUUUUAAGUGUGCUUGAAAAUCAUGCCUUCCAAAAGUGUAGGGUAUUUUCUCCAUAUUAAAUGAGAAAUAUGACUCCAGAAUUGUAAAUAUUUGUAUUUUCCUUCAUAUGCAACAUGUCAAUUACAACAAAACUGAACCAGUAGAAAUGCCAGCAAUAAAAAUGCUUCAGUAGUGCUUCUCCAAGGCUGGAAAACUACCUAAAGUUCAGACUCUUGGUGUCACUUUUUUCCAUCUUGAUCUUGUGUACAAAAAUGUUUUUAAAUGUUCAAUUAAAUUACAACUGUUCUUAA